AAGGUGAAGAGCAUAAUCUCCAAAUGGACUGUAAUGGCGAAAGCCAAAUCCCCAAAAUCUCGCUCUACGAGCAGUCGAGAGAAGAGAGAAUCAAAGAAAACCUCUAAAGGAUGCAAAAACUCGGCGUAAUGGAUCUCUCCCACAAGCUCAACUCUCUCCUUCCUCCUAAGCGCAGCCGGAAGAAUCCAUCAUCCACCCCAUCCUCCUCUCCCCUGACACUGCCUGGCCCCCUCCGCCGCUCCUCUAGGUUGCAAAAUACAGUUCCUGUUAGCUAUUCAGAAGUGGGUGUGGCAAAGAAAGAUGGGGGUGGGAAGCUACAGGAAGGUACAAGGCCAGAGGUAUACACAGAGGAGCAUGAGAAGCUAUUGGGUAAUGCCAAGAGAAGCUGGACACUUUUUGAGGAUGGGAACCGAACUUAUGAUCCCAUUAAGGGAAACACUUGUCAUCAAUGCCGAUAUGGAGAGCAUGUACUUGAAGCUAUAGAGAAUCCAAAUUGGAUAUCUCAAUUAGGCUUCAAGUCAGUUGCACAUUACCUCAUUGAAACCAAACAGGCACAAACUAAUAUUGAUCAAAAGAAUCUAGAGAAUGGAGAUCCAGUUUCUGCUAGGAGGUCACUGUCAUUUCUAGAUAUGGAAGCCCAACUUGAAGAAUCUUACAAGGAUGAUGAUAGUAAUCACUUGGAAGAAGAGAAGGAAGUACUUCCUGCAGAUAACAAAGAUGGUGAAAGCAAUAUUAGAUCAGAGAGUCCUUCAAAGCUUAAGAAGAGACCGCUUGCUGCUGAACCUUGGAUGGAUAGUAUUGCUGGAAGGUUAAGGCAAAGGCAAGGAGAAGGCAAAGACCAUAACAUGCAGGCUUUAAACAAUAUGUUGUCAGAAAAUGCAUUGGAAAAAAAGGAGGAAGCACUUCACGGAGAUAACCAACAUGGUGAAAGCAGUAUUGGAACUAAGAAUUCUUCAAAGCUUGAGAAGAAACUUGCUGCUGCUUCUGAACCGAGUGCAGACAGUGCUGCUGGGAGGGUUAAAGCAAAGAUAACCAACAUUGUGAAAGCAGUAUUGAGAGAGAAUAAUUCAAAGCUUAAGAAGAGACCAGUUGCUGCUGAACCUAACGCAGACGGUAUUGGUGAACGGUUAAGGCAAAGGCGAAGAGAAGGCAACGACCACAACAAACAGGAGUUGCCAGUGAAAAUUUGAAGUAUAUACUAAUACAAGUUCUGUAACUGACCUGGACUGUAUUGCUAGAAGAUUGAAGCCUCAGGACAGAACAAUGUAAAGAAACAGUUGUCCCUCUUGACUUUUUGUUAAGGAUGAUUUACUUCACAAUCCUUUUGCUAAUACAGGUCUAAACCUAGG